UCGCCAGGGCUCCUCGGGAACGCUGCCACAAUCGAGAGAGACGAAGAAAGAAGCACAGAGGACGGGGAGAAGCUGUGCCUGGAGUGGAGAGACCUGGCCGGGCUUCCCCUCCUUUGUCUGUCUGGCUCAGGGCUGCAGCGCCAGAGGAAAUCAAGAAAUGUCCAAACACAGUUGCAGUGGUGGUGGACGGGGACGAGCUCCGCCUCGCCUCCGACAGAAAGAAGGAAAAGAACUUCCAACGGACUGAAAACUCGUCUACUGAAAAGGAUUCGGAGGAAGAAAAGGAGCCAAAACAAGCGUUUUCCCUUUUUUAAAUGAAAUUCCGCAUUGCAGCGAUUGAAUUUUGUGCAACGUGGCUGCUAUCUCUCAUGAGCUGACCUUUAAUUUCAGUGGUAACAAAGAAGAAAUUAUCGAAUUGCUUUUUUUGAGAGCCAAACAACAUCCGUGUACUGGACGAGGACUGACGUGUGAAUCCAACGGUUCCACUUGCAGCCAGAGGAAGGCCGACCACAUGCCGAGCAAGAGCCAAACAUGACGUGAGCGGCAACAAGACUGUUCCACCUUUCCCAGAGGGGACGGAGAUGGUCAUGUUCGGCAUGGGCUGCUUCUGGGGAGCCGAGAGGAAGUUCUGGACUCAAAAAGGAGUUUAUUCCACCCAAGUGGGCUACUCUGCAGGAUACACACCCAACCCCACCUACAGGGAGGUCUGCACAGGUAGAACCGGGCACAACGAGGUGGUGAGGGUCGUCUUCCACCCCGAGCGGAUCAGCUUCUCCAGCCUGCUGAAGGUUUUCUGGGAGAGCCACAACCCGACUCAAGGGAUGCGUCAGGGGAACGAUACUGGGACCACGUACCGCUCCGGCAUCUACACCUACACAGAGCAGCAGCUGCAGGAAGCCUUGGCCUCCAGAGAUCAAUACCAGCAGGUUCUGACGCAGGGCGGCUUCGGGCCAAUCACAACAGAGAUAGCCGAAGCGAAGCCGUUCUACUACGCUGAGGAUUACCACCAGCAGUACCUGAAGAAGAACCCAGACGGAUACUGUGGCCUGGGCGGAACCGGAGUCUCCUGCCCAAUAGGAAUCAAGAAGAAGACUUAGAUUGACGGUGGCAGGGAUUUCUUUAAAGGCUUUAAAAUGCUCACAAAUGCAAGGGUUAGGGUUUCAUUAAAUAUAACUGCAUAGCACUUGCUUCUUAUCUACAGCAGCCGAUGAAGUGAAAGAACAGAUGUGCGGUGUUGUUUGGAAACGUGAUGACUUCACUGAACCUGGUUUCUGACGUCUUCAGGGGAAAGUAAGAAAGAGGAGACGUUAGCGAGCGAGUUCCAACACCUGGGACACACCCUCACAGUAUGGAGGCUUCUUUAUACAGAGCAAUGUCCCAAUAUCCAUAACCUUAUAUCCAUAACCUUAUAUGCUUUGCGUUAGUCUCCACAGCAGUUUAGGAUAGUUUCUGAUUGAACUGACAGGUCAACUAUUCCAGUACCUGACAGUAUAUUUGAGUGAAUUGUAAAAGGAAUGCAAACCCUCAUGACCCGUUUUUAUAUCAACAAAUAACCAAACCUUCCACCUGGAAUGACACAAAACAUGUAUUUGAUUCCAUGUCCCAUCUGCUAACAUGGAGGAGGCAGGGUUUAUAACCCACACUGCAGCCAGCCACUAGAGGGCGACACUGUUUUGAGCUUAUAGCGUCCAUCUUUCCCAAUGUCAUCUUUCCUCUGGUUUGAGCUCCAGAAGAAGACGAUGAUUUGUUUCUGUCAGCUUGUUUUAUGAUAUUAUUCUUUUAAACUGAUUUAGUUUCAUAGUUUUCAUCAUUAAAGCAUUACAAUCUUCUCAAA